CUGAUCGGACCAUUCUUUCUGUCACCAUCAUGCAUGCAGCUGGACGCAAAAGGAUUUGCAACCUUUAAAAGAGAACGGAAGACAAACCUAAGAGUGUCGCGUUUGAAGCGUAGCCAAAUAUUUUCCGUCCAAACGAAACCAUUGGUCUGUGCACAAGGAUGGCCAGUCCUCAGACAAGUCUGAAAACCCCUUUCAAAGACCUGACGUCAUUCAAAGGCAACAUGAAGAGACUUUACAGAGAGCGAUUGGAAGACGCUCCCAUUAAAAAACGAGUAAUGGCAGAGAUGCACUUGAAACGUCGCAGUCAGGAGAGUGCCCCCAAACCACUGAAGGUGAAGAAAGAGCGCGAGGAGCACAUGAGCUCUGAAGUAGACAUUGACUGCAGAGAGUUUCCCAUGGUUGGCCCUUCCAAGGCUUUAGAUCUCAGUGCGGGUCUCAAGCAUACUCUGGCACAAUUCACUCUAAGCAGCCAAAGCUCUCUGGGGGGUCCCGCAGCCUUCUCUGCGAAAUCUGCUCAAGACCGCACCUCUCCUGCUGGCAUGGCAGCGCUCCCAUCACCCCCGGUUCUUGGAGGGGGCCCGCUCUUGGUUCCCUGCGACAGCUCCACAGAGCUUACCCAUUCUCUGCUAGAGGGAGAGUCCAUUUCCUGCUUUGUUGUGGGGGGUGAGAAACGUCUAUGUCUACCCCAGGUACUCAACUCGGUGCUCCGAGACUUCUCUCUGCAGCAGAUAAACGCCGUCUGCGAUGAACUUUACGUUUACUGCUCCCGUUGUGAUGGCGAGCAGUUACAUAUCCUCAAGGUGCUAGGCAUCCUGCCCUUCAACGCACCUUCCUGCGGCCUCAUUACCUUAACCGAUGCCCAGAGGCUCUGCAAUGCCCUGCUCCGCCCAGGAGCCAUCCUCCCAGCCGACCCCAGCAACAAACUGCCAGGCCACGGCUUGCUGAAGGAGAGCGAGGCCAGUUUCCAGGUGGAGCACCAUUGUCUGGGGAAGUGCCAAGGCCUGUUCGUGCCCCAGUUUUACGUGCAGCCAGACGCCCCCUGCAUUCAAUGUAUGGAAUGCCAGCUGCUCUAUUCCCCGCAGAACUUUGUCAUGCACUCGCACAAGUCCCCCGACAAGAGGACGUGCCACUGGGGUUUCGAUUCGGCCAAGUGGCCAUGCUACCUGCAGCUGGGCCGCAACCACGAGGGCACACCGGAGGAGCCCCAACUCAAACAACUGCUGGACGAGACGAAGGAGAAGUUUCACUAUCAGCUCAAGAGACCUUUAGACAAAAAGGUUGUGGAUGACAACAGUCAUGGCCGGAAGUCCAACCCUGCCCCCAGCCCCCCCAACUGCAAGCUGUCUGACAGCGCCCUGGAGAAAAAGGGUAACUCCCAAUCUUCACUAGUGUUGAAUCGACUGUUUCCUGAUAUCAAAGAGGAACCAGGACAUGAACCCAUCGUCCACCCGAGUUAUUACCUUUACACAUACGAUAAGAUGGUGGCCCCGAACGUGUCCCUGCGGAAGGAGGAGGAGGUGAGCCAUGAGAUGCUGGGUGCCCUUCUUAAACAACACUACGGCCGGAAAACUCUCACCCAAGACGAUCUUCCCGCAUCUCCUUCCUCCACCACAGAGGAGGCCAAAUCCCAAUCGCGCGAGCGCCGGCAGCCUCCUCCGCCGGUCGCCAUGGAGACAAGCCCGGGCAAGCAGCACGCCCCCGCGGCGGGCGGAGACGGCGACGCUGAGGACGACAAGGACAGGAUCAUGUUGGAGAUCGUGCAGAUGUACCGGCGACAGCAAGAGAAGCUCAACUCCACCCUUCAGAAACAGCUGCAGCUGGAGAUGGAGCUGGAGGCAGUGCGCGGGGGCGAGGCGGCCAGGCUGAGGGAGUUGUCUGCGGAGCAGCUGGAGCUGCAGAGCGAGCUGGAGGCGGUGCACACUGAGCAUGCUCAGAGACUGGGGGAGGUGCGGCAGGAGCAGAGACAGCUGGAGCACCGACUGGAGCAGCUCAGACAUCAGAGCUGCGCCUGCCAGCCUAAAGUACAGGAGGCGCAGUACAACGCGCAGUUAUGCGAGCUGCGCUGUCGUCUUGAGUGUGCUGAGGCGGAGCGAGAGGAGCUGCAGGACGAGCUGCACAGAGAGCGAGAGGCCAGAGAGAAGUUGGAGCUCAUGAUCUCACAACUUCAACAGCAGAUGGCUCAGUCUGGCACCAAAGGGAGCCACUCCAGCAACAGUCCCGCCCAGCCUCCCACCCCCUCCGCCAGCCCCCAAUCCCAAUAUUCCCCCACCUCACCGGCCCUGGAGGCAACCUCUGGCUAAACUCUUCCAACGGCCCCCUUUGCUUACCCCCCACUCUCGCACGGCUGUACCCCGGGAACCCGCUCGUCCACUCCCCGCAGAGUACAAGACAAUGGCAAAACAAACCCUCUGCAGGAUCGAGCCACUCUCCCCAUAACCGUGCCCCCUCGUGUCCCCCGCCACAAAAAGACUUGACGUUCGUCUUUAUUUAAAACAACUUUUGUCUGACCCAAGACCAGUGAUUAAGCAUUUGUUUGGAUGUUUGUGUUUAUUUAUAAUCGUGCCAGAGAGGCUGAUCGGACAAAGUGGCGCUGGUUCUUUUCAAGACUCUGUGCCGCCUGUGGUGUUGCUGAGCGCUUUACCCGUCCCAACUCUUUGUGCGUGGAACAGGAAACUGGCACUCACUCGAAUACUACCUGUCACCCGGAGCCACAGGACGCCAAACAUUAAGAGGCCAAAUGACUGCGCGAGCAGCGGCACGACACCACCCAGAUGUUUACCUUUUUUGUGUUUGCUGCAAAAUCUGUUGAGCCAUACAUAUGCAUCUGUGGAAUGUUUAAAGGAAAGGGGUUCACGAGCCCCGUGGUUUAAGAUCACAGUUUGUCUUGAGUCUGAUUAUGCGUUUCCUGUCUGUACGGCUGACCCUUGUGCAGGCUGACAUUCCUGUGCGGUGCAGUAAGUAAAGAUUCACGAUCGCCCUCUGCUGGUGACCAGAAAGAACACUCAGCCACGUUUAACCACAGCGAAUAUCUGUAGUUGAAUGAAGGGAUUUUUCUCCUUGUCUCUUACAAUCACACAACACACUUUUGUGUUAUUUUUUCUUCAAAGAUUAAUUAGUCGUCCCCCAUAAUGCAUUGUUAAAGCAAAUUUCUGCAAUUGUCCUUAAAGGGACACUGCAACCAAAAAGUGAAAAAUCUGCCAUCAUUUAUUCGCCCUUGGGUUGUUCAAAACCUGUGUAAAUGUAUUUUAUUCCGGCUUAACACGAAGGAAGAUAUUUUAAUGAAUGUCAGUAUCCAAACACAUCUCAUCCCCCAUUUACUGCCAUUGUAAGGGGAAAAAUGCUAUGGGAGUCAAUGUGGACGAGAUCGGUUUGGCCAUUUUUCCAAAUAUCUUUCUCUGUGUUCAGCAGAACAAACACAUUUUUACAGGUUUGGAACCUGAAGGUGAGUAAAUGAUUACAGAAUUUUCAUUUUUGGGUGAACUGUCCCUUUAAAUGGUCUCAAACGCUGCAUUACAGGUAAAACGAACCAGCUGUCACGUGUUUGGUGUUUUGCCUGUUUUUUUCAUCCCUCUGUGUCAUUAUCUUGUAUGACUGAACAAACAGGUUUGGCAGAGAGAAGGAAAACACAGGGGGAGAAAUGUUAAGGGACUGAUGUUGUCAUGUUAGCUCGCAGUCGCCGUGGGAUGAGGGACAGGCUUUGUCUCGGCAGAAUGGGGCAGCUUAUGCCCAGGGGCCGCUUGUGGUUCCAUGCCCACCCGUACAUCGGCCAUGCGUAUGUCCCCAUCCAACAGAAAGCACACAUAAAUGCAUAGGGAGAGAGUGACAGGAAGUUAACUAUUUAGUUUUCGUUGAGUGAGUGUGUGAAAAUAGUGGACAGAUAUAUUGCCGUUAAUCAAAAAUCUUCUUUUGAGUUGCAUAUAAAGCUUACAGAAAACAUUCCACUGUGCACAACUCAUUGAAUUCAAUAGCAGCCGAGCCACAGCUGUGUAACUUGUACAGUGAAAACCUCACAGAGAGAGAGAGAGAGAGAGAGAGAGAUGUAAGAUGCCCGACUGAUGUGAAUACAUCCAGCCAUGAAGAAUAAAAAACAAAAGCAAAGCUGUCCCGAAUCAAGGACUGUACUGUAAAUGAGUGCUCUGUUAUUGUUAAAACCUUAUUCAGAAAUAAUUUAAUGUAACUAAUAAAGAUUUAUAUACACUUUGUACAUACAGUAGUCAUUAAUAUAUUAACGAAAUUCUUAUAAAAAAUAUUCGUUUUCUAAACAAGUUUUGAAAAGCUGGGUGCGUCCGAGCUCUAUCGUUUCCUUUUUUUCUAAAAUAUAUAUAUGAUAUAGUGUAAGGUGGUAUGGGAUGCAUGGUGCCACUCAUCGGAGAAGCGGAAAAGUCAAGCAUGCUGUUCAGUGUCUCUGGAGCCCCUGACUUGAUAUUUUGGUGACGUUAGGAUUUCCCCUCCCCAUGAUUUCGAUAUGAUAUAACAAGGAUUCUUGCAAAGAAGAAGUGAAAAGAUGCAUGUAUUGUGAGCUCUAUGGUUAUGCUGAAUGACAGAUGAUUAUUGCAGAAAUGUUUUUUGUAUUUCACACACACAAGCUUUUAAACAGAUAUUUCUUAAUGUUAAAUGGGAAAAGUGGUCUUUGUGUAAAGCGGCACAAGACGUGCUGGAUAGCAGAAUGCCUGAGACUUUUGAUAUGAGAGAGACCGCGUGCAUCAUAAGCAAGAGUGAUUUUAUAUAAAGCUCGGGUUUUAUGUGCUGACCUUUUGUUUCCCUCUUGAAAGGUUAAGAGAUUGUAGCAUCUGUUUUGCCACUGUAAUGAACGGCAUUACUACAGUGUGUCAACUACAAUGUAUGUACAAUCAGUAUUAGGUUUGUUUUUUUCACCACAGUUACCUCUGUAGCAGCCGUUUCAAUGCUGUUUUUGAUAGUUUGGGGUGUUAAAUGUGUUUUUGAAGCUUUCUAGAGCAAACCUUUUCAUUUUUGAGAACUCUAUGAAACGCGUCAUUUGCAUUUUGUACACAAGGGGGCGCUGUAUGUCUUCUAUGUAGAAUGAUAUGUUUAUUUGAAUUAUGAGCAAUUGUGGGCAUAGAAAUCCAGUACUACUUAGACUCUUAAACGCUUUUGCAGUGUUAAGCAACUGAAUACACGUAACAUUGUACAUAUUAAAAGAAAAUAUGUAUCUAUAGGCCUAGUAUGAUAUCUUAAGCAACAAUGUACCUUCACAAAACAAUCUCAUAGUUUUGUAUUAUAGAGAAAAAAAUAUGUCCCACAUUUACAAGGGAUGAUAAAUACUGUGGCUCCCUCGAGCUGUUUCUGUAAAGGGAAGAAUUCAAAAAUUACGAACGUUUUUAUAAUGGUUGUAUGACUACCUACCAGCACAGCAUGUGUCCCAUCAUCUUUGAUCCCACAAUAUUUGAUCACACCUUUUAUAAAGUUGAACGAAGACAUUGCUAUACUAAAACCAGAUGCUUCUUUUUUAUAACACACUCACGUCAACACUGUAAUAAAAAUUAUGACUUUUUGUAAAACGGCCAUGUUGCAAUUCUGAAAGAUGAUAUGCAGUGUUUGUGUGUCACGACUUCUAUUUGCCAAUCUUAAAGUGUGAUGAGAGUUUUUUUCUCUUGCAUGAAAACGAGACGCUGAUCUCCUACCUCAUGUUGUGAUAUAAGAUGUUUUCUAAAGCAGAUGACACAUCUCAAAUGGUUUAUCACGAUCGAUAUUUACUAUAGUUAAAUACAUGUACAUGCUUUUAGCUAAUACCUCAGUUGUAUACAGUGUUUUUGUUGAUUUCCCCGAUUUCAGACAUUGUAAAUAUAUAUUGUAUAGACAAUGAACUUGGAUUCAAUUCAAGUAAAGCUCUGUAGUGUCAAACCUGUGUCGUUGUGCUUUCUGCAUUUUAUGCACAUUUUGUCGGGUGGGUUUCAUUGAUACAAAACUAAAGAAAAAUUACAAAAAUCAAACAACAGUAUCUAUAGAAGGGCAUUGCAGCAAAAACAUAAAAACAAUAUGUGGCCCGAAAUUUAACUUCCGCAAAGAUAAAAUAACUUUAGGAGUUUUGAUUUAAUUAAUAUACUAUUAAAUAUUUAUAUAAACGAAUAUAAAUUCAAUAAAAAAUACAUGACUGUAUUAAAAACUACCACAGACUUCCACAGGCAAUAGAAAUGACAAAUUAGAAAUGAACAACUGCACUUUUAUUAUUUCUCAAAUUCUGCAGAUUUUAUGUCAAAUAACAAAACUAAACUGUAAUUUUAAACAAAUUCCAAAUAAAAUAAA